AUGUCUGCCUCCUCCAGUCGAUCGAUCAACCUCCUGCAUGUCGGAAACCAUCCUGAUGAUGAAGCAUGUCUACCUUGUGACUAUAAAGACGGAAUAAGCAUCGAACGGACUUCUUGGACGGACGACAACAUAGCUCGAAGGUUUUGGAAGUGCAAAAACUUCUUGCUGAAGGUCCAAAAUGUAAGCUUUUUUAUGUGGAAAAACGAUGAAAUGGAGGAGGGGUACUACAAGUGA